UGUCCGCGAUGAACAAUGUUCUCUCAGCGAAACUCACAUGGUUUAGACAGUUAAAUCUAUUUUUAAAGCCCUGUUUUAGCGAGCCACAUGUAAGUGUGACCUGGUGCAUGACGGUUGGGAGUCUAGGGUUCAAGAGGCUGCUGACUUGUGACUUUCGCACACGUUGUGAGAUCAGAUUUCAUUAAGGGACUGCCCUGCCACACGUGGAUUCUCACAAAACCAACUGUGACAAUACACUGCUACUCCUACUACACUGACCUACUGACACAUUUCGGCGAGAAACAGAAGAUUCUGAGGAGUCAGUUGAAGGAAACUUGAAAAGCGUUAGAAAAAUGGAGCGGGGGACUUAAAAGAGAAGCGAGACAAGAUAUGAAGAGAGAGAUCCCUGUAGGGAUCUGAAGUCUGAAGAGAAAGACAGAUGCCAUUCAAACGAAGAGGCUUUCUUACAAGCCGACAGAGAGAGAAGCGUGUUCUGACUGGCAGUUGUAGAGAGUCGUCGACUGGAAGUUCCCCCGGAGACUAUGAAAUAAGUACAAGUCGUAUGGACUACUGUGCCGCUUAGGCCACACCCAGAAAGAAAGGGCAAGGACGGUCUACUGAAUAACCAGUCAGAGGAGACAAGGUAUCAAGUGGCCUUCCUAGGUUUGUGUGUGUGAUGUGUCUUUCGUAGCGGGUCCCCUCCCAGUGUGUGAUGCAUCAUGGCUCCGGUCCUGAGUGCCUUGUGGGGGGCGGGGGUCGCAGGCUCAGGGGUCGCCGCGGCGACGUCUCUAGGCAACGAUCACCUGGUUGUAGUUGGCACCUUCACGGCCGUCUCUGCCUUCAUCCUGCUGUCACUGCUUCUGCUGCUGUGUACCAGCUGCCAGGGGCAGAAGAAAGCCAAUGUCCACCCAGGAGACCAGGAGAACCUCAUGAAUGGGGUGUCGGAGAGGGAGACAGUUGGGAGUCAGUCUGUGGACAGCCCGGGAACUGACCUGGCAGUCAGCAGUUCACACAAUGGGCCACUGACCAGUGGUACAGUGCUGACCGACACCCAGGACAACAGUCCCCAGCCUUCUGAGGAGAUGCUGUCCAGCCAGUCAGAGCUGCGGAGCUCCAAGUGUCCCCAGGACCGCGAGCUACCAAGCAUCCCACCCAACAGCGCUCUGGACGGGGUGGGAAUCUCCAACGGACUCCCUCCCCCUCCCUCUGGAGACGGCACCUAUGAGGUGGUGAAAGAGAGAGGCGCUGUGUCGACGGCAUCCCGGGACGUGAGUGCUGAAGACUCCCUGUACGAGACAGUGAAAGAGCUGAAGGACCACCCGGGGAGCCUGGGUCUGCCCAACGGUACCACGUCGCCCCUCAGCCCCGAUGACAGCCACCGCCACCUCAGCCGCCUCCCCCCCGCCCUUCACAACGGCCACCUCAGUCCCGGGACCCCGGAGCGGGGGCCCCUGUGCGCCGGGGUGGAGUACGCCUCGGUGGAUCUGAACAAGAAGAGCCGUUUCAGCGCCGACCUGGAGGCCAGGCGCUCGGCCACCGUCGCUGCUGCCGGGGGCCCCGCCGAGGAACACGAAGAGGAGGACAGGCCCCCUCCGGUGCCUGAAAAGGUCCUGGAUGAGAAUGACAACCACCCGACCAUGCUGGACGGAGAGGCACUGCACAACGGCCAGUUCCGAUCUUCGCUGUCUCCCUCACCCGGGCUGAACAACCAUCUGCUGUCAGAGAGGGAGCUGUCAGACUUGUAUUCCACAGUGGAAAAGACCAGUGUAGAUGUGGAUGAGAAGGAGAGUGACUACAGUAGCAUUGCUGAGAUCAAAGGCUUGGUCCCAGAGUCUUCAUCUAGCGACCUGUAUGCCACUGUCAGGGAAAUCUACCCCCAACCUGAGGAAGAAGAGUCAGACCUCCGGGGACCCCCCAGGGACCUCCAGGAGCCCACGGUGGAGAGCACUGACCCUGGCUACGAGACCAUCCGCAUCCCAAAGCAAGGAAGCGGAGAGGAGUUGGGGGCGGGGAGUCGGGUUCGGCCGGAGUCAGACUAUGAGGAGUUGGGGAUGAACGGAGAGAGCUCCCGUCUUUGAGGCCUAAAGCCCCCCUUCAGCCUAAAGCCUGACUCUCUGGGGGCCCACACUCAACCACAGUCAUCCCCCUCACUCCAUGCUGCCCUCUUGCCCAGCAGCCUUCAUGGCAGUGAGAGCACCACAGCGCUCCAAACAGCAUCCAUAAACCCCAUCGUCCAUCACCAAUUCAGGUUCUCUGUCCAUCGCCCCCCCCGUCCGUCCGUCCCCCCCCCCGUCCGUCC